AUGGAUACCUCGUCCGACAGCUCAGACCCUGAUGUUGCAUACGAAACAGUCACGCCAAAUGAAGUUGAACGGCUAGUGGGCUUCCCCAAACAUGCUUCUUCUACUGAUUCGGAAGAUGGAAGCGAUCUUUCAUUUCAAAAUCACUAUAGCCUUGAGAAUGGCCUUCCUCCCCUUAAGCUUACCUCCAACUCUGAUCAGAUGAGUAGUCCUAUUAUUUACCGGGACAAGCAGAUAGGAGAGCAACACUUAUCUUUACGCUCCAAAAAGUCUCCUUUACAGGAUAAAACCAAUGUAUAUGCAAACGAGCAAAAUCCGUUUAAAGAUGAUGGGCACAAAUCAAGCAUGGGCAAAAGGUUGCUGGUAUCAGAAUUGGUCAACCACUUUGAUAAAGAGGCAUUUGCGGAUCCCCAAGUCAAGUUCAGAAGCCAGAGAAAUCAGGCUCCUCCGCUAUCGCGCAUGCCGCCUGCGCUGAAAUUUGAUAUAAGCGAUGAUUCUUCGCCAAGCAGCAAUUAUAAAUCAUUUCCUGCAUACGGUCCACCUGCUACCUCGUUUCAUCCAGAAGCGCUUCAACACCCAGCCCCCAAUGAAGAUAGUGGAGACAUCAGCAGCGAUGUCAGUUCGGAAAGAUCACGGCAACCAUCUCAAGAAUAUCAUCCAAACUACCAUCAAAAAGUGAAUUUCUGUCAUCUCAGUACUCCCACCACCAAAUAUCCCGUGACAUCAACCUUAGAAAAGCAUCAGGACAGUGAGCUGCAACCCUCAUCCGAAUACUACCAUUUGCUUGUGGAAAAAGACAAAGUUGAUCUGCGCUACCAGAACUUGCUCUCCGAGCACAACAGACUCAAAGAAAGAUUCCUGUGUAUGCAAGAGGAGAGCGAGAAGCUCAAAGGUCUUGCACAUGCACUCAAUGAGGAAAGAAUUCGUGAACUGAAACGGUAUCAAGACGAAAAAGGCUUCCACCAAUCGCUAGAAAAGAAGCAUGAUGAUGAAUUCAAAUUGCUAGCUAAAUUCAUCAGGAAUGCCUUCGAAGAUAUAAUAGGGGUACCGAUUGAUGACUAUGAUACACCGACAAACAAUAAAUCUCACCAUACCCAGUGCGUCAAACUUUUGGAGAUGCUGCGAGUUGCAAUCAGGACAAAAGAACGCAUGGAAGUGAAAAGUCACGCUUCUGACAUACAGAUGCUCAGAAGAAGAAUGGAACAUAUGGAGCUGGAUUCCAGUGAGAUAAAGCAGCAGCUUCGAUAUGCUAGUAAAUGGCUGGAGGCAACUUAUUGUUCUCUCAUAGGAAUGCUGGGAGGCAGUGUAUUUGUACCCGACAAAGAAGUUCUGCUCACCGCGAACAAUAUCCAGCAGAAAAUACAGAACAGCGCAGACAGAGAUGCCGAGUGGAUACACAACGGAGUCAUUGCUGCGUUGAUGCGCGAGUUGAAUGAUAGAUAGCUUCACAUAAUGAUACAAUCUGCCGAAGAUCUUGAGUCUGUUUUCGAAUUCCCUGGUUUGUGCAGCUUUCUUUUCGUGACAUUCAAAUACGAUUGUUUAGAGAUAUUCGGAGAUUUCUUAGGCAACGGAAGGGAAUUGGAUGCCAGUGUGGAUCCCGAUAAUGAAUCCAAAGUUGUGCUACUCUGCUUCUUCUUGAUUUGAGAAGAGACAGGGGAACUUUGUUCGCUUUUAUCCGCCUCAUAAUUGAUAAUCGGAUCAAUUCCUCCUUGAAUUAUGGAGUUCGCAAGGAAGCAGUACAGUUUAAUCCAGGCCUCUUCUGUUUCAAGCGAGAACCCAUCCGCCAUGUCGCUAGAAAAUCUGUCCCUAAAAGUCUUGAUUAGCACCUCGCCCAUUGUUUGGAAAUACUCUGGCUCGAUUCCCAAAAUUCGUGAGUGUAGCCUUCCAAGACUUUCCAAGGAUUCGUUCAUUCGGCUGAGAUCAUCCAAUGUUGACAUGGCAACAUUGAUCACACCUGCAAAAGCAGAUGCCUGGUGUUUAAUUGAGGGAAUUAGCUUUUCAAUCAAGGGAUCACGAGCGAUGAAGUUUUCAUAUAGCUGAAUACAAAAUAACGAUGAUGCGAACGAGGACCCUGAAUUUGUGGUUCCAAUAUUUAUCGAACGGCUCUGUUUUUGUGGGGUGCCGCGUAGAGAGCCCUUGGCUGAAGGAAUAUGAGAUAGUGUGCUUACCCUUGGAGUGUCGGAUCCAGAUGGCGAGGAGCUGAUGACUUUGCUCCAGGAGGUUUUCAACAGAUCAAUUUCUCGUGGAGUCAAUGUCAAAGAGACCUUUAUGCGUGGCUGGUUCUCUACCACGGCGUUAGGAAGCCAAUUAGAAUCCAGCGUACUGUAAUGGGAAGUUAUCGAGCUGGUGGAAGCUGAUGUUGCUGUUCUCGAGAGCGAUAAAUCAGACGUCCGAGAGGACGACAGAGAUGUUUCGGGCACCAAAGAAUGAACUUUCGAUGGGGUUCUUGAUAUGGAGCUCCUCGACAUAGUGAGCUUGACUGAAGAUGUACUUU